GGGUCCCCGCGGCCCAGGCGCGAGCGGCUCUCGGGCCCGGAGCGAGGUGGCUCCGGCGGCCGCACCAUGGAGUCGGGCCCCGAGGAGUACGAACUCAACGGCGACCUGCGCCCCAGCUCGCCUGGAUCCCCGGACGCCUCGCCAUCCCGCUGGGGCCGGAACCGGCCCAUCAACGUGAACCAUUACGCCAACAAGAAGAGCGCCGCAGAGAGCAUGCUGGACAUCGCGCUGCUGAUGGCCAACGCUUCCCAGCUGAAGGCUGUCAUCGAGCAGGGUCCCAGCUUCGCCUUCUUUGUCCCCCUGGUGGUCCUCAUCUCCAUCUCCCUCGUGCUGCAGAUUGGCGUGGGCGUGCUGCUCAUCUUCCUUGUCAGGUACGACCUCAACAAUCCGGCCAAGCACGCCAAGCUGGACUUCCUCAACAACCUGGCCACCGGCCUGGUUUUCAUCAUUGUCGUGGUCAAUAUCUUCAUCACGGCCUUUGGUGUCCAGAAGCCUGUGAUGGAUGUGGCUCCCCGGCAGUAGGGUUCAGAUGCCCCCGGAUUGCACCCGACCACAGCUACCCAGAUCCUGGAGCCGCCUCUCCCUUGAGGCCCACCUCCCUAUGGGGGGCACCCCAUGGCAACCGCAAGAGCCCAGGCAGGCCCCACUAGACUGUCCUGGGACUAGCCGCCCAUGGCUAGGCCACCCCAGGCCAGUGCAGGUCCUGAUCUGUCCUCGGCUGCCCGUUCCCCUGGAGCGUGGCCCAGGGGACAAGUGGGGCAGGGUGGUGGUCACCACGGACACACAGCAGCCCAAGGAUGUGGGCAAGGGGUCCCAGUCAGCCUUGGACUCAGGACGUUUCUAGAGUGAC